AUGAGUGUUACAUUGGUCAGUCCGAAUUCCACUACUACUAUGGAGAGUUCUUCCGAAAAUAAUUUAUUCAUCAUGAUGGCCAAGCCAUCCAAGCAAUAUCGUGGAAGCAAUAUUUAUCCAGAUACUGUUGAAUUUUCACAACGAAUGCAAUUCUGUUCGAAUUUAUCCAUCGACAUGAUUCAUACUAAUUUUUAUCAAGACAUUACCACAAAUAUUCCAAAUUCAUUUUCAUGUGAAAAAGUUGAAUUUCCACAAUCAUUGUAUUUCAUUCGACCCACUGUAGGAGGUAAAGAAGUAUUGUAUGAACGAUUUAGUCCAAGUCACGACAGAGACAUUUGUCAAGUGGUCCACAAGUGGGAACAGCUAUUGAAUUUAAAUUGUUCGAGUUUAUUAUGUCAUUCUCGUGAAAAGUAUUUAGAAAGUUAUAUUCAUGGAAAUACCAAUGGUGAAACGUCAAUUUAUGAUUGGAUUAAUUAUUGUAGAUAUUGUAAUAUUGCCACGAAAAUUAAUUAUGUACAGGAUGGAUGUCAAAUUGCUGAUGCAACAGUAUCUAAUAUUCUAACUGAAUUUCCGUCAUCGAUCAAAUAUUGUGGAUAUUUACAAUUUGGAAUUCCAAUUGUUUUUGGCGUUUCAUUAUUUGAUCGAUCCUAUACCAUUAUGUGUUAUUGUGUGAAAGACAAUUAUUUUAGUCUUUAUUGCUCGUAUACUAACCAAGAGGAAAUUCUAAGUGAUGCCAUGGUUUACAUUGGCUUAUUAGCACAUUUUUUAUCUUUCUUGGUAUCUUACUUUGUUGGCAUGUUUGUGAUCAUGCAACAUGUGAGUCUAAUUUGUGCCUACACCAGUCUACUCACUUGGAUUUUGUAUUGGUUUUAUUUGGUUCGAUAUUUGAAAACUAAACAAACGACAUCAGCCUACUGUAGUUAUCUAUUACUGUUUGUUGGAUUUGUUUUCGUUUUGACAGCAAUGGUGGGCGCUUCUUUGGGACUUUUAGCUGAUUCUUGGUCAUUGAAUGCGUACAAUAUUAAUGUUUUGAAUUAUGUUCAAUCAGGUGUAGGAAUACUUGCAGUGUUGUCAUUUAUUGGAGUUGCCAUUUGGAUGAACGUAGUCAUUUCAAGAAUGUCUGAUAUUAAGCUCAUACACACCUCAUUUUUACGAUUUGUUAUAUUCGCAUCUCUCAUUCUCACCUUCAUGAGUGUAUCAUUUUCAGUGACAGCAUUCAUGAAUGCACCUUUAAAUGACACUACGAAUGGAGUUUUUAUUUUCCUGACGAAUGCAUUACUUGUUUCCUUAAUGAUUGGACUUUCUGUGAUCGAAUUCGACAAGAGUGAAUUAUUAGAAUUUUAUGGAUGUUGCUGCCGCUGCAGUUAUUCAAGAAACAAACAAAUCAAGAUCUUGCAGAUCUGUUAG